ACUAACAUAGUAGAAAUAGUGAAAAAUCAUUCCUGCAAAUAAAGAUCUUUCACUAGAUCCUCCAAUAAUGAAGCCCAAAAAAAUUGAAGAACAAGAAUUGAAGACCAAAAGAAGGCACCCUACUCAUUUCUAUAAAUUGAUGCUUUCUCCUCCUCAACAGUCCAUCAAGCUGAGGAUUCCGAAGAAAUUUGCUAAUACACGGCGCAAUGAACUCUCUAGUCCUGUCAUUCUUACAGUGCCAACAGGUGAAACCCGAAAAGUGGAGUUAGUCGAAGAGGACAAUGAUCUAUGGUUUCGAGAUGGUUGGGAGGACUUUGUGGAGUACUUCUCAAUAGGCCCUUCUUACUUGAUGUUGUUUGAAUAUCAAGGGAAUUCUAAUUUCAAAGUUCAUAUAUUUGACUUAACUGGUUUUGAGAUAUCCUAUCCAUGUAAUGAAGGAGUCGAUUUUAGUGAUGAUAAUGACAGUAAGAAACACGAAAAUAUGCACACAUCUUCCUUUAAUAGCUCGAAAGCAUCUGAUGUAGAGGUAAUAACAGGACUAAGUAGUGAAGACGAUGAAUGUGUUGUUGAUGAUAAAGUGAUGGAUGAUACUAGAGAAUGUUUUCCAUUUGUCGAAUAUGCAGGGUAUCCUUUGUGGUUGAAGAGGUAUGAAGGGCUAAUCAAUGUUGUUAUUGCUGCUGGAAUUCCCUUGCCAAAAAAUCCUUUCUUUGUUGCUGCUAUAAAGGACUAUGUUUUGAGUAAAGGAAUGUUCUUGAAUAUUCCUAAGGCCUUCGGUCAAGGGCACCUCAGAUGUGAGAUAUACCAGAAGAAAUCUGUUAAGCUUGAGGCAUAUGAUGGAAGGCAAUGGAAUGUUGAGUGUGUUAGAGACAGAACAAAGUACAUUUUAAGUCGAGGGUGGAUUAACUUUGCGCGACAGAUUGGUUUAGAGGUUGGAGAUGUCUGUGUUUUCGAGCUAACAGAUGCAAAGAUGCAUGUUCUGAGAGUUCGAGUUAUUUAGGAAAAUAUCUGCAGGGUUUCUGAAGAUACAUUUUGAUGGCAUAGUGCAAAUUGUGUUACUCUUGCUCCAACUUCUGUAAUAUACUAAUAUUAAUACUAUGUAGAUAGAAUGGACUCUUAGCUCCAUUCCAAAAGGUCCAACCAAACGGACUUUGAUAUCAUGUUAAUAUUGAGUGGUGUAUGCUGUGUAGGUUUGUGUGUUAGUGAUAUUUUGUCGCUCAAAUGUUUUUUAUUUCCCUUGUAAAGCUAACAAGCGUUCUAGGAUGUUGGAUAAAACAACUAAAGAUGAAAAUAAUAGAGGAAAAUUAACAUUAAUUUCA